CCGUGUGUUCCGCGAUGUGCUCGUCAGCCCGUAUGCCUCGUCGGCCUCGUCGCAAGUAAUGACGUUUAAUUGCGAUUUCUAACACUGGCGCGAUUCGUUUAUCGGUGCGAGACGGGCGCGCGAAUGCGUUCCCCAUGAUCCCGGACGUUCCGUCGCUGCGCACGAGCGGCGCGUCGUCAUAAAACGUUCGUUCCAUGACAGUACGGAGGUUAGGGAUCCCCAUACUUCGCGAACAACGACACGUUUCACCGCGCUCGUCGGCCUUCUCUUCCUCUCUCUCUUUCUCCGCUUUCUCGUCGUGCAGCAAGACGCGAACAUCUGGACGUCCGCGAGCGAGCGUGGAGGCGCAGCUAACCAGAAACAACGCGCCAGGAACCCUAGAGCGACGCGAUGACCGUUGUUAGCGAACGCUAAACCGUCGCUCGGCUCGCCGCAGUCCAGAGAUCGACAAUGGCGAAGUUCAGGAUGCUGCCGCGUACUUCGCGCAUCGUGGCCCUCUGCUCGGCCGCGAAUUUCAUUAACGCCGCGGACCGGGUCAUCAUGCCUAUCGCCAUCGUGCCGAUGACCGACGAGUUCAAAUGGAACCUGUACUGGCAGGGAUGGAUACUGUCCGCCUUUGCUUUCGGAUAUUUCACUAGUCAGAUCAUCGGCGCGAGUACGGCGAGUCGUUUUGGCUGUAAAACGGUGCUCAUGCUAGCGGUUUUGCUGUGGUCUAUUAGCACAGUCAUCACGCCUUUGCUAGCGCAGUCGGUACCACUGCUUAUAGUCUGCAGAGUGGUUCUAGGACUCGGAGAAGGAUUAGGCCUACCAGUAAUAUUUCAUUUAUUCGCACAUAAUGUUCCUGUGGAAGAAAGAUCACGAGCUUUUGGUUACCUAGUGGCUGCUGGUUCAGUUGGCCAAGUGGUCGCGUCUGUUAUAUGCCCACAUUUGGCAUGGCAAACUGGAUUUUACUUGUUUGGGACAGUAGGUAUCAUAUGGACUCUACUGUGGCUGAUGCUGUAUCAGGAAACCAACUCCCAAGACGAGAUACCAUUAUUUGUUCCUAAAGUUGCUCAGAAUAGAAGCUUGCGUUGGACCGAAUUCAUUGCUCACUGGCCCCUGUGGGCUUUGUACAUAGCGCACUUUGCAAUGAACUGGAGCAAUUACAUAAUAAUGCAGUGGCUGCCAACUUAUUUGGCAAGAAACUUGUCUGCGAACAAGGAGAGCAUUAGUUUGACAGCUCUCCCUUAUAUCGUUAAUUCUCUCAUUGGUAUUGUCGCUGGUCACAGUGCUGACACUUUGAUACAAAAAAGAUGGUCUGUUCUCUCUGUUAGAAGAUUGAUGACAAAUAUAGGCCUAAUUGGACCAGGUGCUUUUCUGUUAGCUUUCUGUGCUGUAGAUAAUCUGCUUGCUGCAGUCAUCUUUGUCUCAAUAUCCAUGGGCCUCUGUGCAUGCAACUCCGCUGGACAUCUAAGUAAUCACGCGGAUAUAGCUCCGAAUCAUGCAGGAAUUACAUUUGCAGUUUCGAAUACAAUUGCAACAGUACCUGGAAUUCUCUGUGGACCAUUAACAGCCGAAUUAGUGACUGCCUCGCACGGUUGGUGGAUGCCGGUUUUCGUUUUGGCGGCAGCGAUUAAUUUCACCGGGGCUAUAAUAUACCAAAGCCACAGUUCGGCGCUUCCAGUGUUGUGAUAUGCUCCAUCUCUCAUCCAGCGAUUAUUUGUCGUUGAGAAGAAAGAAAUGGUCAAGUGUUUGUUGAAAAUAAUGCAAAGAUGUCCAUUUACUUUGAGAUCACUCUAAACAAUCUUCUGAAUGAGGUAGCUCUAACUGUUUACAAGAAUGUUGGUGCAUUUGGUCAUCGCGUAUCGGCCAGUCGAAGACAUAUCAUAAUGCUUUAUUUAUAUCUAAAAUAAACUUUUAUUAUCUUUUUCAACGAAGAGCAAAGUGUGAUUUUGACAGAUAGUGCCAUAAUUUGAUGGACAGAAGUAGAACUGGUUUAAAAAGUCAAUCGAAUAAAUGCAGGGCAUGUAUUUAUGAGACUCAUUGUACACCUUAAUUUAUAUAUAUACACAUAUAUCGUAUCACUCACAAAUUAGCGAAAAAACAUUUGUGAUAUGUUUGAAUAAAAAUUUAAAAAUUUUGGUUACAUACGGUUAUACGACAUAAAUGUAUAUUCUAUAAAACAUAAGACUGUACAUAAAAGAAAUUUUAACUUUCA